AUGAAAAUCGUGGUAGUCACAGAUGAGAACCAUGAGAACACGGUAGCACCGGUACUGGCACAGUUCAUGUACGUGAAAGCCACGGUGAACACAAAUGUAAUCGCCAGGGAGCAUAAGGGCCUACCUUUCUUAUCAACGUUAGCAAUGAACUUGGGUAACAUUCCACGAAUGGCCAAGUGUCUCAGACAUCUUGAAGCAAUAUAG